AUGCACUCCUGGCGAUCUCCUUGCUUUGAAGUUUCUUCUGAUUCCAUUGGGAAUGAGGAGGAUGUCAUAAGUUGUCCUGGACCCGACGACUCCCCGCCACAUCGCGUUGUCAAGGCGCGCGAUCUUUGGCGAGAACAAGAUGACAUGAUGGAAGAGUUGGUCAGGAACUCGGAGCCUGCCGGUGCCUUCGCUUCGAGCAAUGCGUCGCCUCUUCCAACGGAUUGUGCUGCGGUCGGUGGCGCUUUGUCUUCGACUUCUGUUUUGCCUCCUUUUGACCUAAAAGAAUUUUGGGAAGAGGAAGAUGCAUGGGUGCAUUCCUUGACAGAGGAUCUUGCGCCACGUGCACCAGCCGUGCCGGCCCCGUUUGAUUUGACCGAGUUUUGGAAAGAAGAAGAUGCAUGGGUGCAAUCCUUGACAGUUUCGGCACGCUCGGCUUCACAUACUUCGCCUGCUGCUGCUGCAUCCGCAUCCUCAAGGUCGCCCGACGAAAUUCGCGUGGCAGAUCAAUUGGAAUUGACCGAGAAAAAAAGAGAAAGUUCAAAUGGGGAGAAUGCCAAUGUGGGAAUUACUCUGUCACUCCAUGGAUCUUCAAAAGUGGUCGCAGAAAGGGAGCUUUACCUCUUGAAGGCGUUGACCAAGCAGUGUCGAGCAGAAGAUUUGUCAGAGCACUUGCGGCAGCAGAAACAUCUGCGUUGCGUGGGCGUGAAGUCUAGGUGCUCAGACUGCCGCAGAUUCAGCGAUGUCAUGGAUCACAGCUUGCUUCCGCGAGUCCGCAUGCCUUUGCCUCACAUAGAUGGAUCCACCGCUCCAACCUUGGAAGCUAUGGCCAGCAACUUGGGCCACGGUGGUCAGAGCAAGUCGAGUUUGCAAAAGAUUCGUUCCGCACUUCUGACCUUCGAAGCCGAGGCGGCGAAGAAACGACAACACAAGAGAAAGUUACGAGGCAUCGUAGAGGCAGAUGCCACUUCUCUUCGAAAACUGAAACUGCCCAGGACUACGACUCUCAGGUAUUUUCAAGCCUUCGGAGUAGCCAGCCGGGAUUCUAGGGAGGUGCAGCUCUACGAUUUAGGCUUCGCAGACGCUCAGAACUAUGGCAAGCCACCCGUGGAGAGUGCAAGGGCCAUUGAAGGUGUGGGUGGACUCAAUGGUGUGAUUCGUGAAGGAACCAUUUUGUGUUCGGACGGUGCCAGAUGCUACCCAAAGUUAUGUCGCACCAAAAAAAUCAAACACUUCUGCUGCUCACAUCGGCAGAGUCAAUUCAAUGUGAAAAAAAGAUGGCAGGGAAAGACAAUUGAUGUCCACACGGGCACGAUUGACAAUGUUUGGCGGCUGAUCAAAGGAUCCUUGCCUAAGACUCUUCAUACGAAGAGUGCUACGAAUCCAACCUUGCUCAAUGGCAAGAUUUGGACGCACGUUCGGGCUUGGCAGUGGCGAUGGGAGAACAGUUCCCACAAAAACCUGUCCAAGCUCACUGCACAGAUUGUCAAGACCACUUAG